UGACUGUACUGCCGUUAGAAACGCAUUUAGCAAUAAAAGAGAACAGACGCAACAACACAUCGGGAUAUAUUUAUAUAAACGCAAAUUUACGACAUAGCAUUGAACCAAGAGGCGCGCAAUCUGUUUCAGCUUACCCCAGUUGGAAGGUAUUUCGUAUCAAUAGAGGGCUAUCCAGCUUUCAUGAACGACGUGAGUAUGCCCAUGAUUACGUAACUUGCAGUCAAACUUCACGAAGCAGGAGUUUCAUGAAGUGAGAUGUACCUAAUAAUACGACGGCGAGUGCAGAACUACGUACUCGAAGAGGCUACAAAAGAAGGAUUUCUAUGCGCCAUAUGGUGAAAUUGACCGGACUGUCAAUGGACCAUCCCAACCGUUUCGCCCAAUUGCCCUCUUUACCGACGAACGCGCUUAUGACGUAAGAAUGACGAAAGUGUGUACAGUAAACAACGUUCUUGACAAGACGUUCCAUUAUAUCUUGUGGAGAGUUAUUUUGCGCUUGUUCACACUGUUGACGAUGGAAUCUACCCAAAGCAACUUGUUAAGAUAGGAGUGCGGUUGUGGAGACUCAGGCGACUGUGUCGAGUCCAGAGAUGGAUUUGAUUCAGAGACCCGAGCCAGUCAGUUGUGUAGCGAAAGGGGCCCAAGUGAUGGCGUCUGCUCAAGUGGCAGAGUAAAUUCCAGAGCCCGGGUCUCUGGUGAACGAGUGUGAAUGGGGCGAUGAGAUGGAAACUGCACCUGUGGUUCGUGAGUGGAUUUCGGCUAGGAAUGCGGAACUCACUGCAUUCGACAGCCACUUUCACUUUGACCGCAGUUGUAAGGCGACCAAGAACAGAUCAGAAAAGAACAGAACAGAAAGGGCUGCACAGAUGACAAGGGCUGCAUUGACGACAAGGGCUGCACUGAUGAUGACAAGGGCUCCGCAGAUGACAAGGACUGCAAUGAUGAUAUCAAAAGCCGCCAAUAUGAUUAGAGCUGCAUUGAUGACAUGUGCUGCAAUGAUGAUGAUAAGGGCUUCAUAGAUUGCACGGGCUACAUUGAUAACAAGGGAUACACUGAUGACAAGGGCUGCAUCGAUGACAAGGACAAGGGCCGCCCUGAUGAAAAGGCCUGCACUUAUGACAACGAAUGCACUGAAGACAUGGGCUGCAAUGACGAUGACAAGGGCUGCACUGCUGACGUCGAGGGCAGCACAGAUACAAAGGGCUGCAUUGAUGGCAAAGGCUCCGCAUGUGAUAAGGGCUGCAAUGAUGAUGCCAAAAGCCGCCUAGAUGACACACGCUGCACAGAUGACACGGGCUUCACAUGUGACAAGGGCUGCGCAGAUGACAAGGGGUGCAAUAAUGAAAAGGGCUUUGAUCAUAAUGAUAGGGGCUUUACUGAUGAUGACACGGGCUGCACUGGUAAUAAAAAGGGCUGCACAUAUGACAAGGGCUGCACAUAUGACACGCUCUGCGCUGAUGACAAAGGCUGCGCAGACGACAAAGACUGCGCAGAUGACAAAGGCAGCGCAGAUGUAAAAGGCUGCGAAGAUGACAAGGGCUGCACUGAAUACACGGGCUGCGCAGAUGACAAAGGCUGCGCAGAUGACAAAGGCUGCGCAGAUGACAAAGGCUGGGCAGAUGACACUGGCUGCGCAAAUGACAAAGGCUGCGCAGAUGACACGGGCUGCGCAGAUGACAAAGGAUGCGCAUAUGACAAGGGAUACACAGAUGACACGUGUUGCGCAGAUGACAAAGGCUGCGCAGAUGACAAGAGUCUCACAGAUAACAAGGGAUGCACUGGUGACUCGGGUUGCGCAGAUGAGAAAGGCUGCGCAGAUGACAAAAGCUGCGCAGAUGACAAGGGAUGCACAGAUGACAAGGGCUGCGCAGAUGACAAAUGCUGCGCAGAUGACAAAGGCUGCGCAGACUACAAAGUCUGCGCAGAUGACAAGAGAUGCACAGAUGACAAGAGCUGCACAGAUGACACGGGCUGCAUUGACGUCAAGGGCUGCGCAGAUAAGACGGACUGCGCUGAUGACAAAGGCUGCAAUCAUGAAAAGACCCUCACUGAUGAAAAUGGCUGCACAGGUGAUAAGGGCUGCACAUAUGACAAGUGCCUAACUUAUGACAGGGUAUGUGCAAAUGACAAGGGCUGCAAUUAUGAUGACAAUGGGCUUCAGGAUUGCAUGAUACUGGGUGAUUACAAGAACCUGCAGCCAUAUAAGGACGACGCCACUAGUGACCUUACAAAGAAGAAGUCGUCGGACACAGGGUGGAAACUCAUAAAAAGAAUCCGUGUAGUAUUGAGACGAUUAUGUUGCAUACAGAAGAUCAAAGACUAAAUCGACAACAUUGUUUGUACACUUUUGUUAUUCAAUUUAAAUAAAGUUUGAUAAACACAA